AUGGAUCAGAUGGGAAUGCCUUGUCGACACCUCAUCGCUGUGCUUGAAAGUUCUGGUAAGUUGUCGGAAGUUUUUUCUUAUUUCCAGCCAUGCUACAAGGUUUCAACAUACCAGGAUACAUUUAAGGAGCGCGCGGUCUUUAUUCCCAUUGAGACGGAAGUUACUUGUGACGCGGGGUGGCUGCCAGCUCGACACAUUAAAAAACCAGGUCGCCCUAGAACCAAAUGCAUCCGGAGCAGUGGCGAAGAAGGCGGCGGAACCUCUCAGCGCUGCUCGCAGUGCCACCAAAGAGGCCAUAACAAGCGCUCGUGCACCGAGCAACUCGACGAUUAG